AAUGGGAUUUAAGCAAAUACAUAAAUGAGAAAUGGGAUUCGGACCCCUUCCCCUCUCUUCAGAAAUGAUUAGUAUUGAUUUUUUAAAGUUUGCAUAGAUACUCUAGAGAACAGGAAGCCCAAAAGUGUUUAUAUUGUCAGCAUCCCACACAUUGUUUUUUGGGCUUUCUGUUCUCUUUUGAUAAAAAAAACUGGGCCGAGUGAUACCAUAAUUCCUUGCGCGUCUGAAUCUAACAAAAUGGCGGAUUGUUAUGUUUUCAAACUGGUUUGUGGAGAUUGUUUGUGGAUAUUUGAAUGGCUUCUUAUUGUAAGACUUGGCGGUGUAUAACAGUAAAGCAUUGGUUGCAUAGCUGAAAUGUAUGGGCUCAAGCUUGGACCAAUGAAAUGUUUAUUUAAUAAUGAAGAGACAUUUAACACACUCGGAUUACCUACACAAUGGCCUGGUAAUCCAUCGAAGAGACAUCGCGAUCGCCUGAACGCUGAAUUGGACAACUUGGCGAGAUUGCUUCCAUUUCCUGAGGAAACUGUUACAAAGCUGGAUAAAAUAUCGAUUCUUCGACUAACGGUCAGCUAUUUACGAGCCAAGAGCUUUUUCCAAGUAAAUGGGAAAAAUGGACAGGAGGAAACAUGCGAGGAUCUUGUGCGAGAAUUUGAAGGAAAUGGAUUAUUUUCACAGCUUUCCCUUGAGGCUUUGGAUGGUUUCAUUGUGGUCAUCACUCAAGAGGGACAGCUCUUCUAUGUCUCUGAAAAUGUUCGAGAUUUUCUAGGUUAUUCACAGGCUGCAGUCAUUCACCAAAGYAUGUUUAAAUUUCUACACAUUGAUGACCAGGACAUAGUGAAAUUAAAACUAGCAUGGCCGUACAAUAUGACUCUCUGUGUUGGCUGUAGUGAAAUUGAAACAGAGUCGGCAAGACGGAGAGACUCGACGUCAAGUCGGGCAGAUAAUGAAAAACCUGACAUCAAUGAAAUGGAAAAACUAAAUCGAUCGUUUACUUGUCGGAUGAARUGCACUUUAAACCAUGGCGGCGGCUUUUACAAGCUGUUUCGUUUAUGUGGUCGUCUGCGCGCAAUCCAGACGAGGAAAAGAGACAACGAUGUAGUGGAGUACGGUCUUUUUGCAAUUUGUUCUCCAGCRCAGAAUGUCAGCAAUGGGUCGGCAGGCUCGUCUGUUAAAAAGGAAGUCGCAUUGACCGCACAAAAAAGAAUGGAACGAAGUACCAGCGAUCCGUUAGGAAACAGACGUCCAAUUUAUCCGGGACAUGCGAUGAUGCGGCCGUCUCACGUUGGUCCUUUCUUGUAUCCAAGCACACGACCUCCCUUCAGCCCCCUUGCAUCGCCUACUGCCUCCUCAGAUUCCGGACACCCAUCACCUCUUUCGAAUCCAAUCAAGCCAACUCUUUCAGAUCAAGAAAUGCACAGCGACAUAAGUGAUUUGUCCAACUCAUCCAAAUCAAGCAUCGAGACUGAAGCAAGAGACCGCAUGUAUGCUGCUAGUCAGGCMAGAUUACAGAGCAUGAUGCAGAARCCAAGAMACUUUUCUGUCCCUGAAAAUGAUCACGACGAGGUAUCACGAAAGCGUUCACGAAGCAUUGCGGAUGCAUCCGAACUUCAGCCCAACGACUACGAGUURAUGAGAAAAAACCCGUAUGGAUUCAGUGGUAGCAGCUUGCCGCCCAUUGCUGAAGUUAAGAGUGAAAGUCGUAAUGAGGUGUCAGARGAACCAAAGUCCGGUUCGGAUGAAUCGAAGGCAGACAGCGUCACUAGGCGACCAGCAGGUAGCUACGACAGUAGACUGGAUGCAGCUAGAGGAUUAAUGAAUCUUGGCGGUAUGCAYCUUCCCAUCCCUUCGCUGUACCCGUUUCCAGAGUUCAUGUACCCAGAUGUCAUAUUCCCGAGGUUUGAUGGGAUGCCUAUGGAUGCUCCUCACAUCCGCAACGCUUUUGAUGUUCACAACCCUUGCUGUCUGACUAGAGAACAAUACAGUCAGCUUGCAAUGCGUCGAUGGCUUAGUACACCGGAAUUGCUUCGCUCACCAAUGAACCCUCUCCUUGCCGCGCAGACCGCGUUGAUGUCUCCAGUCGAUAGAAUGCGUUACUUUCAAAUGCCAUUCCCGUUUGGAUUCCCAUUUCCAAAUCACAGUCAUUUUGAAAUCCCUACAUCAGUAAAUGAACGCCAGAUGACAGAAAUGAGACAAGAGCGACAGGAUGCUGCUGAGUCAACUGCGAAUGCCAUCAAAGAAGUUCCACCGGACGGCAAACGCGGCGAGAACAGGCACUCGUCACCUAAGGCUUCACAAGAUGGGGAGACUGAGAGGAAUGGUACUAUUGUCAAAGAGGAGAAGGAAGACAACAGGAACAAGUCUUGCAACGAAAGUGACAACCAAGAACGCAAUAAAACAAGUGAACAGGAAGAGAACCAAGACCAACAAAACAAGUCUCAGUUCCGCGUCAACUUGAAGGGAAUUCAAGCAGAGUUUACAAACCGGCUGCAGUGUCUUGAUCGAUCCUUCUCGGAAUCGUUUGGAGGACUGGAAAAGAAAGAUAAGUAAUAAAUAUUCCAAACAGGCCAAGAGUUUUGAUAUAGGCCUUAAAAUCAAUAUUCGUAGUUAGUCAGUAGGUAUCUAGUAUUAAUUCAUUAGUCGUAAAUCAAAGAGAUAAAACUAAUAGUUCUUAUCAAAGAGCUAUUGCGCAAUGUUUGCUUUUACUAGUGUUUUGCAACAAACACUAAGACUGUAUCGGAAUAAGCACAAACCCAGUGAGGGUAACGUACCACAUGUACUUCUUAUAUGACGUUAAAUCAAGACAAUUGCUUUAAUGUCCAAUAUACCAAUGGAUUUUGAUCCAUAAAUAGCAGAUGACGUAAUGUCGACCUGCCACUUGUACUUCUUAAACUUGUCGAUCAGCGGUCAGCGCUCGAACAAGUUAAAAACCGAAAGCUCGUAAGUGUGUUUAGGGUAUAGAUGUAUGUCGUAUUUGUUGUUCCCUUGGUUUUACUUUUAAUUGACAAUUGUAAAUUGUUACAGGCAAAUAACUAAGGAAAACACUGAGCAAAAAAAAUCGACUUAACACUGUGUAAAAGAUAUGAAAAUUAAGACCAUUUGCAUAGUAUGUAUAUUAGUAGAAAUCGGAGAGAGACUUUGAACGAACCUAAAAAUCUCCAUUACAAUUCCCAUACUAUGGAAAUGGUACUGAUUUUUCCGUAUAUUUUUACAUUGUGUGGAAGUCGAUUAUUUUGUUGGWGAUUAAGUAGUUUUAUUGAUGUCUUUUUAGCUUUUUCGUUUUCAAGCUUUCUUGUCAUAGUUAACGCCCUAUUUUCGUUCUUAAAGAACUCGAGGAAAGGGGCUUGUAGGUCAUAGGUAGUCGUGACGAUGAAUUUUUUAUUAGAGUUUAGGGUUUUUUUCUGGCGGAAGCCAAUCAUUUUUUUAUAAGUUUCUGUUAAUAAUUGUUAGCUCCACUAAGUGGAUGAUAAAGACUUUUUCUGUUAAGCUUCCUUAUGAGGCAACGUGUUGCAACGCCAUUUUCUGCAAAAAAUCAUGUUGAAAGUUGUACUUCUCAUACUUCCCAUGGUCGCCAAAGAAUUACAGUCGUUUUCUUUAUUUGUUGCAGUUGUGUGGCUGUGUGAAGUUUUUGUGGAAAAGAAAACAGUCUUUCAAUUWUGUCGUCAGCAAAUUUAAAGUGCGAUGACUAAAUUACCCAUCAUGCUUUGUUGCAUUAAUGGCGUCGCUGCGUUGUUGAGUACGUAAGCAAUGAACCCUCCUCGGGAACCCAGGAUUAAUGGCAUGUCGCUCGUUCUAGAAGAUUGUCAUUAGGCUCCCGAGGAUGGCAGUGAGUGUGAACGUUGUGCUGUCUCUUGUAUUGUUCUCUGUGAUCAACUGUAUUAAGAAUAAUGCGAGAUGUCACUGAAGUUGGGUAUGAAACGUGAGACAAAUAAGUGUGAUUCGUACGCUGACAGUAUGUGUGAUGGAAGAUCUAAAACAGUUCUUGUUUGAGUGAGAAGCGCAUGUUGUAUUGAAUCACACGUAAAUGCUCGAAGCCGUGCCACUAUAAUGCUCCAUUAGAAAAACUGCCCAACUGGCUUGCAUUGCUAAAACGUUAGCCUGAGUAUCAGGCUCUCUC